UUUUUGUUUUUAUGAAUCAUGAAAUUUUAAUUUAUGUAAAGACAAUAAGCCAACAAGACAACAACAUUAUAAAAGCAAUUGUCAUGAAUUAUUAAGGAGUUAGUCUUGGGUUUCUCUUGAAGCAAGCAAAAUGUCUGUCCAGCAACAACAAAGUGCAAAUAAUAUCGAUGAGCUCUUUCAAUUUAUCAAACCGCUGGCAAUUAAAGCUGGCGAAAUGCUCUUAGAAGGCUACAAUAGCACCAAAAAUGUUUCAAUUAAAUCAGAUUUUUAUGAUGUUGUCACUGAAUAUGAUAAUAAAAUAGAAAACUUCUUAAUGGAACAAAUAUCAGCAGUAUACCCAAGUCAUAAGUUUGUUGCUGAGGAGGAGUCUUCAAAGAAUAAUGCAACUGCGUCAUUGACAAAUGCACCAACAUGGAUAAUUGAUCCAAUUGAUGGAACAUCAAACUUUAUAAAAAUGCUACCUCACACUUGUGUGUCUAUUGGCUUGGCUAUAAAUAAAGAAAUCGUCUUGGGUAUUGUGAGCAAUCCGGUUUUAAAUAAUUUGUAUUGGGCGGUAAAAGGAAAAGGUGCAUUUAGAAAUGGAGAGAAGAUAAGUGUUAGCGAUUGUCAACAAUUGAAAGAUGCGAAUAUAGCCUAUGAAGUGUCUUUAUUGCAUGCAUUAGAUCUGAGAGAUAAGAACAUCAAGAGAAUGUAUCAUUUAGGAUCGGCAGCCAGAAGAAUGUUAUCAUAUGGAAGUGUUGUUGAGAGCCUCUGCUAUGUAGCAAGUGGAAAUUUAGAUGCAUAUCACAUCGAAGACAUGUAUCCAUGGGAUUGUGCUGCCGGUUACUUGUUAAUUCGUGAAGCUGGAGGUGUUGUCUACCAUCCGUACGGUGGUGAUUUUCAAAUUAUGAAACCAGAUUUAGUUUGUGCUGGCACCGAGAGUUUGUGUCAGGAAAUUAUUGAUCUUAUCAAAAAAGCAGAUCAAUCUAAAUCAUGUGGUGGAAAUUAAACAAUAAAACAACAACAAACAAAUACAAAACAAACAAACACACAACAAACAAUAUUUUCCUUUACAUGUAGUUAAGUACUUUUUGCCUAAAUGGCGCGUAUAAUGAUUUAAUGAAUUUAUGAUAAGGUGUUAACAAAUAUUUUCUUUUAUUUAAUUUGUUACCUGAGAAAUCAGAAGAUCUGAGGUCGACUUCAUUUAGUGUUAUAAAAUCUCUCAACAAAAUAUAAAAUAAAUUGAAAAAUAAUUAAA